CCACAACUCCCCGUCUCAAGAGGUACAAAAUAACAGCACUUUACACAAGUUUCUUUUCUUCGUCACUCAGUAAACUUAACACCCAAGAUUGCUACAACUCCAAGCAGGGGUCCCAAGGUUGCCGAAAGUGAUGAGCACUAGUGCUUGACCUCCUUCAAAGCCGCUCCUGAUAUUUUGCCACCUUAACAGCUAUGCUAUUCUCAUCUAUGUCCCCCCAAAUCAUAGAGAAUUUAUGAAUUGAUGAUUGUAGGGUGGCAUCCAGUAAUUUAUGCAAAAGGUAUAGGACUGUGUUGCCCCACCCAUAUGGGAGAAAGUAGACUGAAAGCCAAGGGGCUCAAGGCUAAUAAGAACCAUCAUCCUCUAUUGCCUUUCUAGACAAGUCUCCUCUCCAUCUCUCCCCUUAUCCCAGUUUCAGCUUUCAAUCUUCCAUGAGGCUUGCAAAGAAGCUUUUAGGUGCUAAGAAGGCCUGGAAGAGCUUGACCAGCAGGGUCCAAUCUAAGCUGCACAAGCACAACAUUUCCAAGGCUAAAAAAUACGCCACUCAUCUCCUAACCGGCUUGAGCUCUAUCAGGCACCUUGUUGCCUGUAAGCGACUGCGUAAACGACGAGCUUUCAAGAGAUCCUACUCAGCUCUGCACUAUGAUCAUCACUACAAACGCUGCGACCAGCAACAGCUUCAGAAGGGUUUUGCAGCCAUAUAUGUGGACCAUCUGUUUGCAGAGGGUGCCCCUGGGGAGACAAGCAAGGGAAAACAAGUAGUUGCAGAAGACAGCAAUGGUGGCAAGGCCAAAACUGAAACAGGAGCUGGUUCAUUGGAAACCAAGGCAAGUGAAAAGAGCCGAUGUACAGUUAGUGAUGCGUGGAAGGCUGCUGUGGCUUCAUCACCACAAUUACGAGGGGUGGACGAGAGAGCGGACGAAUUCAUUUCCAAAUUCCACAAAAAAAUGAAGCUUGAGAGCGAGAAAUCCAUCCUUGAUUUCCAGGAGAUGAUAAAAAGGAGUGCCUAGAAGCUCGUAGUGUCCUCUUACCUUCACAUUCCUUCUUUUUCAUUGUAAAAAUUGACAUUAAAAGAAAGGGGUUUGAAUAUUUGAAAAUAUAGCCUUUUUUUUUUCUUUUUUUUUUUCUUUUUGCGGGUUCUUCUGAGUGCAACAGCGGGUGGACUUCUAUAGGGAUUAUAUUAUCUGUUAUUUGGGCAUUGAUUGUGUAUUUUUAAUUUGAGAGUUUCUUAUUUUUCUUAUUUUUGUUUUA